CAGCGACCAUCAAGUGAUUCCACUGGUCCGUAGGCACCGGUCAAAGACUGUAGCUCUUCAUUCCUGCACUUCCCGUCCGAGUCAACAAGUGCAUUAGACAGCUAUGGCGUCGCUGGAGGCCCAGAUCAAGAAGCAAGUGGAGUUCUACUUCUCCGACAGCAACUUCCGUCGCGACCGCUUCUUGCGUGAGGAGACCAAGAAGCACGAGGGUGGAUUUGUACCCUUCAGCGUGCUCUUCACCUUCAAGAAGCUGGCGGCACUCACUGUGGACGGCGCUGUGCUGCAGGCUGCGAUCGCCGAUUCGGACGUUGUGGAGCUCAGCGAGGCCAAGAACGCUCUGCGCCGUAAGAACCCGCUGCCCGAGACGGAUGACGCUCCUGAGCGCACCAUCGUGCUGGCUGGCCUGGGCAAGGCUCUGCCCACCAUUGACGAGAUCAAAGAAGGCCUGAAGCCACUGAACGUUGAGCUGCUCUUUAUUGACCGCAAGAGCUACCGCCGCAACUUCUCUGGUGUGGUUCACGUGGAACUUAAGGACAAGGACGCUGUGCAGCGCGCUGUGGACUCUGCGGCCUCGCUGAGCAUCAACGGCUACGUGCCCAACAUCAUUUCGAAGGUGGAAUACCAGAAGCUGUCCAACGAUGACAAGGUCGAAUUCGACAAGGCUACGAAUGCUAUGCUUGUGGCCAAGGACGUUCCUAACAAGCCCGUAACUUUCUUCCUGGACGAGCUGCUGCCUGUCUGGAAGGACGAUGCCAAGCUGCGUGCUCGCGUGCGUUACUUCGAGGACUCCAAGGAACUCUACCUGCUGUUCUCGCAGGUGUCUUUCGCUGAGAAGGUGCUGAAGGCUCUCUCGGAAGACCUGCCUGUUGUUGUGGAUGACAAGAAGCUCACGUUCGAGCUGGUCACUGACAAGGAGGCCAUCAAGGCUCGCCCUCGUCGUCCCAACAGUGACAAGGACGACAAGAACGCCAACAAGAAGCGUAAGCGCGACGACGAGAAGGCAAUCCACAUCUCUAACAUUGGUCCUCGCACACGUAUGGACGACAUUAAGCAGCUUCUUGCUACUGUCAUUGAACCGACGAUGCAGUCGCCGUACGUUGAGUACGAUGGCCUGGACACAGCUUCGUUCAAGGUUAGCGUUGCUGAGGCUACGCCACUGUUUGAGAAGCUGUCGGCGCUCUCGGGCCCCGAGCUUGGCGGCAAGAAGGUGUCGUUCCACCUGCUGGAUGUGGAUGAGGAGCUGAAGGUCGACGUUCAGUACGACGAAGGUCUGAUUGUGCGUUUCGACGGGGUUGACGGCGAGGUUUCGCGUGAUGACAUUAAGAACACCAUCAACGAGAAGCUUGGCGACAAGGUUACGGACGGCGCCGGUGUUGCAUUCAUCCAGUACCAGAUUAACGACAAGGAUGGCUACCUUCGCGUCACCAGCGCUGAGCUUGCCAAGGAGGUUGUAAGUAUGUUUGCAAACGGCGGACUUGAGGUGAAUGGCGUGAAAAUCCCCAAGGCUGCCAUCAUUGAAGGUGAAGAGGAGAAAAAGUUCUGGGAGGAUGCUCGUGCGGCUCGCUACAAGCGCUUCAAGCAGUCCCGGUCGAACCGUAACCAGCAGCGUGGAGGACGCGGUGGCCGUGGCGGUCGUGGUGGCCGUGGUCGUCGCCACUAGAUGUAGGUAAUGAAUUGAGCGCGUGCAGCCCUCGUGUUCACUUUUGCAUGCCUUGAGCAUGGUUUUGAGUGACGAACUCAGGAGGAAAUGACUCCUAGAGACAAAAAAAAUAAAUAUAUUGUGGAACCUGCUUCCAUCAUCUUCAAAAAAGCUCUAGUAUUUGCGUGUUAGCUAGCUCACUUGUCACGUCCAAGAAACGA